GCGUCGCAAGCGCCAAAGUGGACAGUUGCAAACUUUGAACAGCUUAGUUCAGAAAAAAGAAAGAAAGAAAGACCCUCGCAAAAGAAAGUUGAUUAUCCAUGUCUCUCAUCUUCUACUUUGUCCAAAUACGCGAACAUACUGUGUGUGUUUUCUACCAGAUGGGAAAGCAAGCAGUCUGUUUUUACAUGUUUCCGAUUUGAGAAGAAUGGACCUGUAGCUGGAGCGGAAGAAGAAAACUUAAUGUGCUCUAAGUCCUGAUAAAUCCGUGUAUCAUGUGGGAGGAAAAUAGUUCUGCAGAGCCAAACAUUUGCCCUAACAGUGAAGAAUGUCCCACAGAAGUCUCUUUCGGAUUUGGGGAUGAUCUGGAGUUAAAUCAGUUCGAUGGAUUGCCCUUUUCCUCGCGUUACUACAAGUUACUAAAGGAGAGGAAGACUCUGAGUGUGUGGAAGGUCAGGUGUCAGUUUGAGGAAGCUCUGGCAAACAACCAACUGCUUAUUGUGUCUGGGACAGCAAAGACUGGGAGGAGUACACAGAUCCCUCAGUGGUGUGCAGAGUUCUGUCUGUCUGCCCAGUACCAGCAUGGUAAGGUUGUGUGCACGCAGACCAACAAACAGCAGGCUGUAGAUCUGGCCUUGCGUGUUGCUGAUGAAAUGGAUGUCAACAUAGGCCAUGAAGUGGGUUACACCAUCCCUCUGGAGACCUGCUGUUCCUCUGACACUGUUUUGAGGUACUGUACUGAUGAUAUGCUGCUGAGAGAGAUGAUGUCCGACCCUUUUCUGGAGCACUAUGGAGUCGUAAUCAUCGACCAGGCCCACGAAAGGACGGUUAGCACAGACAUUCUGCUGGGUCUCCUCAAGGACAUUCUGCUGCAGAGGCCUGAGCUCAGGGUGGUGGUUCUCACAGUGCCGCCCAUGACCGACAAGCUUCUGAGACACUACAGCAGUGUCCCGCUUAUCAGUCUAGAGCCCUUAUGUACUGCUGAAGUUGUCCACAGCAACAAUAGCAACAAAGACUACUUCUUCUCAGCACUGAGACUGGUGCUGGAGAUCCAUCGGACCAAAGAGGGUGGAGAUGUUCUUGUAUUUCUGGGCUCAGCUGAGGAGGUCCAUUGUGCCUACAGCAUCCUUCACAGAGAAGGGGCCAGGUUGGCCGGAGAGCUGGGACAAAUGGUGCUUGUAGUCCUGUGCUCAGGCCAGGGUGGGCUACUUUCUAGCCUGACUGAGCAGUCGUGCUCCACAAAGUCCAGAAGGGUUUUUCUCAGUACCUGUCAAAACGAGGAUGCAUGGUGGGCUACAGAGUCUGUCAAAUUUGUCAUUGACACAGGAGUCCAGAAAAAAAUGGUGUACAAUCCAAGAAUAAGAGCCAGCUCAGAGGUCCUUCAACCCAUCAGUCAAUGUCAGGCGUACAUUCGCAAGCAGCUGUCUGGACCAUCAGGUAAAUGCUUCUGCCUAUAUCCAGAGGCAAGCCUACCCUCUGCAGAGACCUCCCCACAGAUCUUGGAGUCCAGCAUUACACCAACAGUUCUUUUCCUCAAAAGGAUGGAGAUAGCUGGCCUUGGACAGUGUCAUUUCAUCGAUAGACCAGAUCCAGAGGGUCUCAUGCAGGCACUGGAGGAGCUGGAUUACCUUGCAGCUUUAGACGAUGACGGGAACUUGUCUGAAAUUGGCAUCAUAAUGUCUGAAAUCCCUCUGAAUCCUCAGAUGGCCAAAGCGCUGCUAGCAUCCUGCGAGUUUGACUGUGUUAGUGAGAUGCUGACAAUCGCAGCCAUGUUGUCAGCACCAAGCUGCUUCGUGGAGCCGCCUGCCGGCAUGAGCUGUGAAGCAGUCCAGUGUCACAGAAAGUUCCAGCACCCUGAAGGAGAUCACUUCACCCUCAUAAACAUCUAUAAUGCUUACAAACAAAACCAGAGAGAACAAUACUUGACUGCUGAAAAAUGGUGCCAAGACUAUUUUCUGGAUCAUUCUGCCUUGAGGACAGCUGAUUCCAUUAGAUCAGAGUUGACUGACACACUGAAUAGAAUUGAGCUCCCCAUUUCUGAACCCUCCUUUGGUACCAAGACUAAUACUCACAGCAUCAAAAGAGCUCUGCUGGCUGGAUUCUUCAUGCAGAUUGCUCGAGAUGUGGAUGGAUCAGGUAACUACUUCAUUCUUGCACACAAGCACAUGGCCCAGGUGCACCCACUCUCCUGCUAUGGGGCUCAGUCACACAAGCUGGGACUCCCUGAGUGGGUUGUUUUCAACGAGUACAUCCUUUCAGAAAACUGCAUGAGGAUAGUCUCCGAAAUUUCCCCUCAAGUGUUCAUUGAAAUGGCUCCACUGUACUACUACUACAAUCUGCCCCCUAGUGAAAGCAAAGAUAUACUGCAAGACAUGCUGGACCCAGAGGGAUGCAGAAACUGCAAAGAAAAGAAACCGCAAAAUGCAAUAAGCAGUGAUGCAAACGGUGGCUGUGCAAUAGUGACACAGUCUUAUGAUAGAUGUAUGAUUCAGUGAAUAUAAAUCACAGAUUUAGAAAGCAGCAAAUGUAUUAAUGCUUCCAAGACAUUUGCAUAGUUAAUACGGUAAGGCUUAGUGUAUUACAUGUAUAUUAGUCAUAUAUGAAUGACUUCAUGUGCUGACAGUUUCCAGACAGCAAAGUUGUCAAUUGUGCUGUCAAAUGCAAGCAUAUCAUGAAUGCAUUUAAAUAGUUGUGAUCUAAAAACAUGCUUUCUCACCAUACUUGUUUUUCCUCAACAUUGAAGUGUAGACUGAUCCUCAGACAGGAUGCAAAUGAUGUAGCUUAAGAUUUGAGAUGGUGUCAGUGGAUCUACAAAGAUCUGACUUUGAAGCUAAAAUAUGAGCAACAAGAAUUGUGCUUUGCUUAAAUUAAUCCAAGAAUGUUCUGUUUGAUCAUUCAGAACAUAUUUAUUAAAACAUCCUUAAAUGAGGGGAUGAAAUAUGGAGCUGAAUAUGAAAAAUCUAAACUUACAGUGUUACCACUCAGUCAUUUUAUACUCUCAUCCCUCUGUUUACCAUGGCUUCACACCAAACUCAUGUCAUUUUUAAGCCUCCCUAUAAACAUCCUUGACAUACAGCUGCAUAUAGAUUCUUGCAGUAUUAAAAUAUGUGAUG